AGUCACAACAGGAAACUUUAUUAAACAACAGGAAGCCCAUGCUCAUGGGUGGACUUACAAAACACCUCACCCUCCUCUCCCCUUGCUCUUUCAGGGCUGCAGAGCUGGCACACAGGACUCUGACUCUCACCUCCACGCUGAGCAGGGCUGCUGGGCUCAGUCUCACAGCUGCUCCAGCCCUCAGACAGAGGAUCUGCUCUGCCCUGAGCCCUGCUGACUCCUUCCUCCACUGAGCAUCCCUUGACUGCUGCCCAGGCUCAGAAGAUGGAUGCUCCAGUGCUGAGCUGGCUGGUGAAUCGCUCCCUCCUCCUUCCCCUGGACUCUGCUCCACAUCCCGAGCUCAGACUCGACCUGUGGGGCACAAAAGCCUCCUGCCUGCAGCUGGCUGCCACGAGGAACGUGAACGUCAUCCUGCAGCACUACAACUUCUCAGGCAAGCUCACCAACCGGCACUCCGGGGACGAGGGCAUGGGGCUGGUCCGCAGCGCCUUUGCCAUCAUCAGCUGCAUCAUCAUCCUGGAGAACCUGCUGGUGCUGCUGGCCGUGCUGCGCUGCCUGCGGGGCCGGCGCUGGGUCUACUCCUGCAUCGCCAGCAUCACCCUCAGCGACCUGCUGGCGGGCGUCGCCUACCUCUGCAACCUCUGCCUCUCGGGCAGCACCACCUUCCAGCUCUCCCCGCAGCUCUGGUUCCUCAGGGAGGGCAUCCUCUUCAUCGCCCUGGCCGCCUCCACCUUCAGCCUGCUGGUGACGGCCGUGGAGCGCUACAGUGCCAUGGUGAGGCCGAUCGCGGAGAGCGAGGCCAGCAAGACGCUGCGGCUGCGCGGCCUCAUCGUCGGCUGCUGGCUGCUGGCGCUCGUCAUCGGGCUGCUGCCGCUGCUGGGCUGGAACUGCCUCUGCGACUUCCAGGCCUGCUCCGUGCUCCUGCCGCUCUACUCCAAGAACUACAUCCUCUUCUCCGUGGUCAUGUUCAGCAUCAUCCUCCUGGGCAUCGUGGGCCUCUACAUCUCCAUCUUCCACCUGGUGCAGGCCAGCUCCCGGCAGAGCAGCUCCCGGCACGGCCGCCGGCGCUCGCUGCGCCUGCUGAAGACGGUGCUGAUGAUCCUGGGAGCCUUCAUCCUCUGCUGGAGCCCCCUCUUUGUCCUGCUGCUCUUGGAUGUUUUCUGCCAGACCGGGGCCUGCACCCACCUGCACAGCCUGGACUGGACCCUGGCUCUGGCCUUGCUCAACUCGGGCGUCAAUCCCGUCAUUUAUUCCCUGCGCAGCGUGGAGGUUCGCCGCGCCGUGGGCAGCCUGCUGUGCUGCUGCUGUGUCAGGGCCGGGCUCUGCAAGCCUGGCAGCUGCCUGGUCAUCUCAGACAUCAACUCUGGCUCCUCCACCGAGAGCUCCCUGCGCUACCGCGACAGCUUCCGCGGCUCCGUGGCCUGGAACGCCCGGCCCAGGGCGCCCCUGUCCAGCAACUCCAGCAUGAUGAGCAAUCUGCCCAGCCUGUGAGGGGCCACGGGGGAGCAGGAGGUGCCAGACAGCCCCCAGGACCUCACAGUGCUGGUCCUGCCCUGGCAGGACUCAGGCUGAGCAGAACUGGGGCAUUUCCAGCCCCGUCAGACUGGGUGUGGGUGCAGCACAGGGACAGGAGUUGCUCCUAGGCUGGGAGCGAAAGAUACAGGCACAUUUUAGGAUUGAUGCUCUGCUGGGACAGCUGUGCUGCUCAGGGUCUGUGUGUGUGCUUUGAAUGUGCACAGGUGCUGUACUUGCCCACCUGAGGGUGUUUUGCCCCAGGUCUCAGUGGCAAACAGGGUGCAUUUCCCCAGCUAGGUGGCCUUCCCAAGCCUUUGGAAUCCUUUUGGACCUUCUGUGACGGGUACAGCUGCUGGGAAGGAAUGCAAGCUUGAUGUCCUGCCCAGCCUGAAGAUGGCAGAGGGCUGCAGCCACAGCCCAGACCCUCCCUGGGGGGCAGAGGCUGGGCACUGAGCCAGGACAAAUGCUGUGACAGUGCUCAGAGCUGCAGUGACAGGAGGUGCCCAGAGAGACUGGGGAGCCUGGGGCCAUCCUGGGCCUGAGGACAUGGCCAGCUUGUGCCUCAGAUCCCUGCUCUUCUCUUCUCUCAUGUAGGGAAAAAUCAGAGCAGUAGCCAAAUGCCUCUGCUCACCACACCAGAAAGCCACCAAAGCACUGGGGACUCAUGCAAAACCUGCUGGCCCAGCCCCUCUGCAGGAGCUGAGCAUGCAGCCCAUUUGUUUUGCAAUAAAUCAAGGUG